GCGGUGUGUCGUUUUCAACUCCGAACCAACGGAAGUGUUCGCUUAUAACAACCAACCUCUCAUGGCUUCCAAGUGACGUCCCAGUCGUCGCAUUUCGACGGUACCGGGAGUGGCCGGCUUCCAGAGUGUCCGGCCGACAAUCUCAGUCGCCGUACAGUCCCCUAUAGCUUCCGUGUAGGUGCGAGGGGAGAGGGCUCUGGUCAUGCUUGCGCAGUGGACCGCACUGUGGUUGGGCUUUCUCGCCGCCGGUCCACGAGCGGCGACAGCCAAUGGGGAAGCCCCUGAUUGGAACGAGAUCUUCAGCAACCGAAACGAUGACGAUUGGGCGCGGGUGUGGCACGUGGAACGCCACCGGCGCUGCUACCACGAGCUGCUGUCACACAUGAGCUGGGUAUGCGAGAAGGACAUCUACAAGAUGCGCCGCCGAAAAAGGGAUGCGCCCCUCGACAAGGAUGCCGCAGACCUGGCCGAGGUUUUUCUGAAGCCCGAGGCAGCGCUGAGCCUGCUCAGUUCGUCAGCAACGGGCAAGCAGGCCGGCGGAGGACGACGCAAGUCCUGGCGGCGCCAGAGGCUCGGAGGGCGUGGCAUCAUGGACGAAUGCUGCGACGUACAGACUGGCUGUAGCUGGGAGGAGUACGCGGAGUACUGCCCCACCAGUAGGAGGAUACGCAACCGCAGGCGCUAAACCAGGCAGGGGUUACUGCGAACGCACGGCCAACGUGAGCCGGUCACACUCUUGAGAACAAUGGAAGCCCCUGGUUUACUUUGGUUGAGCUCAUUCAUUUCCAACAAAUGUGUUUACUUACGUGAUGAAGGCAUGCGGGAGUAAGAACCACUGGAAAGCAGUUUGGCAGUGCUUUCGUGUCUCUCGUGUACUUGGCAGUGCGCAGCAAGAAACACAGAAUACACUGUUCAGACGACACAUAAUGGCACUUUCAACAGGUGAUACCACAGUACAUUACGGUAACGAAGUUAUAAUACACGAGAGUAAAAAGUUCAAGGCAUGAUGGGGCCCACCAAGCGCUUCCUUUGUUCUUUCGAGUGUGAAGAAACGCGUGUAACCAGAAGGCACGUCCGUCAUUGAGGAGCCCACUUGAAUGAAUCUGUGGUGUUCUGGCUGUGACUCGUCACUCCUUCAAAAAAAAAAAAAAGAAAAUAUCGCAUACCAGCAAAGUGAGGGGCAUCUUUUUCUUAGCAUCGCAGCCUCCAUCGCGUCCCUACGGGACAAGACGAAGGCACUGGAUCACAUAGUUACCAAACCUCCCUAUGUCUCUCAAUAAGAGCUGGUCUUAGUAAACGUCCCAUCAUUUCUUCCUUUUGUUGGUGUGUGGUUCACAUCUGUUCAUGUGUAUGGCAAUGAGAAGGCAGAGCAAGAAGUAACGCUGCAAGCGGUUAAAGCAUAAAUGUAGUCAGGUAUCCACUCACCCAUAGGUAGCCAGAUCUGCUCCUUUAAGCUAUCAUUUACACUGACAAGUUACAUUGGGAUUUUUGAAACCUACUGCAUUUUCCUUUUAGUCCCGAACCUACUUAAUCCUCGUAUAUAAGCAUGCAUAGGCCAUGUAAACAAAUAACAAGGCUGAUAACACAUGUCUUCCAUCGUACAACCAAAGUUUAGUCAUGGUGAUCUGUUUCCCUACCUGGCAUUCUUGAGUAAUGUUUUUCCUGUUCCUUACCUAGCAUGCCUGUGAGCUUCUGUUUAAGCUUCCAGCAUUCUUUCUACGGGCACGCUUGUCCGUGUUCCGGUAUAUUACCUCCAAAAAUCACAGAUAGUGUGCUGUGGACUGGGUAGAUGCACGCGUCAGUGCAAACUUCAUUACCCGAAUGCCUAAUGUCGAGCUUCUGUUGUCUCGUGGUGCCAUUGUUUCUUGAAUGAGUAACUUUAUUGUUUCUUACCGCCAUUCUUCUAACCGUCGUUCUUCUUACAUUGCUGCUUCACCUGUGGCAUCUAGCCAAAGUGCAAAAGCCUUGCGUUUCAGGUGAGCCCUGUUGGUCACCAGCCACACCCCGCUUGACGCAAGCGCUAAAGGGGUGCUGUGAUAAAACGUCGUUGUGAUAUGCAAGAGAGAGCCCUUAUCUGACCGAUCCUAUCGUUGUCCUGGAUGUUUGAGGGCCAUUGCAUGUUCGCGCCUCAGACAGACGCGCCGUCUGGUGACGCGAUUGAGAGCUGGGGAAGGGGGAGGAGCCAGACAAGACACAUAGCACCAUUGUAGCGUAUAUUCUUGCUGUCCUUCAACUGCAUGGACAUCCUCAGUGUCCCUGGGAAACAAAAUAAAAGAAAACAAAAGAA